AUGACAAAUCAGCCUGUCGACGAACUGUUUGAUCCUCUCUUGAGCCUGGAGGAGUCGUUCUACAAGGAAGGUUACGAACAAGGUUAUAAUGAUGGGUUGAUCCAAGGCGAAAUUGAGGGCCGCCGUUUUGGCCUCGAGAAUGCCUACCAGCGUUUCCGUGAUGUAGGCAUCAUCUCUGGCCGCUGCCUUCUCUGGCGCGCUAUCCUCUCCUCUCCCUCUUCCUCCUCCUUGAACUCUGACGCCGUCCCCGCUAAGGCAGAGAGGCAACUUGCGAAACUCGAAUCCCUCCUUGCCCAAGUUCCUAUGGAGAACAGUGAAGGUGAUGACUUUGAUACGCUGUGGCUCAAGAUCAAGAAUAAGGUCAAGGUUGUCAGUGCACUCGUGGGAGAGGGUGGGAGAGGGUUGGUUGGGGUUGAUGGGGAGGAGGAUGUGGAUGGGGAGAUUGAGAGUGGGGAGAGGGAUUUGAAGAGAAAGAUUGCUGCUGCGCAGGGGGAGGGUGGGUUGGAUUUUUGA